AUGCCCUUCGCACUGCGAAGCAGCCUAUCCCCCCGAACCCCCACCCCCGCGUGCAACCACCCCACCGCUAACCGAUUUCGCCCUCCACCAAGUGGAACCACCCCUCCACCAGCCGAUUUCGCCCUCCCUCGCGUCUCCCGAAGUCCAAUCCGCGACCCUCCCCCUCCGAACCCACCAAUAGGUAGGUCUCGCGCCCCACCACCCGCCGCUUUCGCCCACCACCACGUGGACCCAGUCCUCCACCGCGUAGACCCACCCCUCCACCCGCCGAUUUGGACAUCCCCCGCGACUCCUGAAGUCCGGCCCACCCCACCGGGACCAAAUCCGCGACCCGCCCCCUCCGAGCCCCCCCUUGGGCGCAGGGGUUCACCCUGCACCCGUAACCCCCCUUUGUUGGACUCAGCGUCCGCGGGGUCGUCACACCCCGUGUGUAAGGGCGGUUUUACCAGCCAUUACACCCCCUGCGGGACGACUGUCCUUACCCCCAGCUCCUCGAGUCCAGUGAGGAGUUCGUCGACAACGAAGAGCCACAGCAGAGGGGAGAUAGUCACCCCCCUGCGGGCAGCCACGCCUCGCCACAGCCCUUACCGCACUGUCGCCAACGGUGGAGUGGACAACUCUAGUUCGGAGCAUGGCGGCUAUCCAUUUGGGGACCGACUCCUCGAUCCCAAAAAAUGCCGCCGCUUUCUCCAUCGUUUCUAA